AUGAUGUUCUCUGUGACCAGAGGGGGUGGCUUGGGGGUGAAGAUCGAUAUUCAGAAGGCCUAUGAUAUAGUUGAUUGGGACUUUAUUUUCCAUGUGCUGAGGAAGUUUGGGUUUUCAAAGAGAUGGAUAUUAUGGGUGCAUCAGAUGCUAGUCUUUGCGAAGAUUUCAGUUCUUCUCAAUGGUGGUCCGAUUGGGUACUUUGGAGUGGAGAGGGGUUUGAGACAAGGGGGCGCUAUUUCCCUUAUGUUGUUUAUAUUGGCUGAAGAGGUUCUCUGUAGAGGGUUGAACAAGCUAGUGGAAGAUAAGAAGCUAAAGCCGAUCAAGGGUCCUCAUGGGGUGAUCACGCCAGCCCAUAGUCUAUUUGCGGAUGACAUCUUUAUAUUUGCUAAUGCAUCUAUCAGGUAUGUCAGACAUCUAAAUAUUUUUCUUAACAGGUACCAGGAAUUCUCUGGUCAGUGUAUCAACUUGGUGAAGAGUAAAUUGUUUGUGGGUUCGGCCUCUCCCCAGAGAAAGAGGGCUAUUGCUGAGGAAUUGGGAAUUCCCCUUUGUACCUUCCCUACAAGGUACUUGGGGGUGGAGAUCUUCAAAGGUAGAGUUAAAAAAGAUGUUGUGAUGCCCAUUAUGGACAGAGUGAAGGACCGGUUGGCAGAGUGGAAGGGUAAGAUGUUAUCAUUGGCUGGUAGAGUGGAAUUGGUGAGAUCGGUGAUUAUUAGUAUGCCAACCCAUAGUAUUGCUGUGUAUUGGUGGCCUUCGUCGUUAAUUUCAACCCUGGAGAGGUGGAUGCGUAACUUCAUUUGGUCGGGAGAGAUUGACACUAUGAAAAAAAUUGUGGUAAAUAGGGAUCAAUGCUGUAAACCUAGGGAGGAAGGGGGUUAG